AUUGACCAGUUCACAGUCAGCUGUGCACGUUUCGAAUCAAAAGAAAGAGAGGAAGUUUCGUUGCAUAUUGUAAGCAUUUUUCACGUUAUGGUGAGAAUAUCACUUAAUUAUCGACGCGUUUAGUGCUUCGAUAUGAUUAAGGGAACGUCUGGUAUAAUUCUACGACACUUUACGAAAGUAUUUCUUCUGCCAGGCAACCUAACCUAUACGCGAGCAAAGUCACGGACAUUCGUAACGAUGACAGAAAACAUCAAAAUUGGAACGCACGACGGUUGCUUCCAUUGUGACGAAGCGCUUGCUUGUUUCCUGUUGAAAGUGCUACCCAGAUAUAAAGAUGCGGUUAUAGUAAGAUCACGCGAUAUGGAUAUUCUAAAUACAUGCGAUAUUGUGGUUGACGUUGGUAACAAGUAUGAUCCUUCCAAGCAUCGUUACGAUCAUCAUAUGAGUGAUUUCAAUGAAUCAAUGAGCACGGUAAUGAAGAAGCCAGGUUAUGAGUCAACGAUGAAACUGAGUAGUGCUGGUUUGAUUUAUUGUCAUUUCGGUCAUGAAAUUAUCAAGCUGUUGCAUCCAGAAGCAAGCGAUAGCGACGUAGAGAUCAUUUUCAAAUAUAUUUAUAAUACGCUUAUUCAAGAGAUUGAUGGUAUAGAUAAUGGAAUUCCCAUGUUCAGUGAGGAGCCUCUAUAUCGUAUUGUGACACAUUUGUCUUCUCGGGUUUCAUUCUUGAAUCCUGCGUGGAACAGCAAGGAUGUUGAUCCUAAUAAGCAGUUUUUGAAAGCAGUUGAGCUAACUGGCAAAGAAUUUGUACAGCAUGUAAAUUAUGCAGCAAACAUUUGGUUGCCAGCCAGGUCUAUUGUUCAAGAAGCUAUUGAGAAACGGUUCGAGGUGGACCCGAGCGGGGAGAUUGUAGUGUUAUCGCAAAGUGUACCAUGGUCUCAGCAUCUUUUCGAACUAGAAAAAGAACAGAAUAUACAGCCUUCAUUAAAGUACAUCAUUUUUGGGGAUGGCAGUUUUAGGAUUCGAUCCAUACCUGUAGAUAAUGGAAGUUUUGUAUGCAGACUGUUCUUGCCACGAUCUUGGGCAGGUUUAAGCGGCGAGGUGCUUGAAAACGCCUGUGGAGUCAAGGGUGCUGUUUUCGUGCAUUCAACUGGAUUCAUCGGUGGACAUAAAACCAAAGAAGGGGCGAUAAUGAUGGCACGCAAGUCUCUUGAGCUAGGAAAACUGAGUUAAGAGCAGUUACACUCUAGGAAUUUAAUUGAUCAAUUUAACAAAUUCACACGAUGUCCUUUGUACUUAAAAGAUAGAUAAUCAUGGAUAAAAAGAAGUAAUGAUUUGUGGAAGAGAAAGUUAUUUAUUAUUCAAAUCACUUCAUAUAAAAAUGGCACGAUAUUUUUACUACCUUGUAACAUUUAAUUCCAAUUGCAUUAGCGAUAAA